CUACAGUAGCGGAUCUGUUCAUAAUCGGACUCCAUCUGUUCCCGCGGAACCUUUCUUCUCUGCGGGAAACAGGAAACGCAGUAAACACGCGUCGCACGUACCGGAAAUUGAUUCCCUAAGUCACAUUGACGAGGAAACUCGGUCACAAAAAAUUAUCUGGACCUUCGAUGUGUCAGCCCGUCACUGAUGCCUUUAUUUAGCUGAUCAUUGAUGAUGUUUACCUUGAGGGUUGUCCCGCGACUUUGUCUUUUAAGUAGAGCAACUUAUGGAGUUCAAGCUCAUGGAGGGAUUCUAAAUGCGUGCGUCUCCGCAGUUUUUCCUUCGUCCCGCUCAUCACUACAGAAAAAAACAAGAAAUUACUCAACAGCAGCAGACAACACGACCCCCCCACAAUGGGUCCAGCUUGAGCCAGAGCUGGAGGAGGCUCUGGUGCCACGGAAGCUGUCGGUGAGUCCCCUGGAAAGCUGGCUGUCUCUACGCUACUCCCUGCCUCCCCUGCUGGAGUCCGCCAAGCCGCAGGGGGACGCGGAGCUGCUGGAAGAGAAGCUGCUGCCACCAAACUCCGUGCCUGCGGUGGAGGACGGGGAGGGCACAGCAACACCCAUGAGAUGUAAGAAUGUUUUGGAGAUCAGACGGCGAAAGAUGAACCGGCAUAAGUACAAGAAGCUGCAGAAACGGACCAAGUUCCUGAGGAGAAGAGUGCUGGAGGGCAGGGGGAGAAAGAAGCAGAAAAAAUUUGAGGAGGAACUUGAGAGGAUAUGGAUGCGAGCUGGACUGAAGAAGGCUCCGGAUGGAUGGACCACGCCGAAGAUCUAUAUUAAGCAACAAGGAAACAGAAGGAACUGAAAAACGCUGAAAGCAAAGGUUUUGUCUGUGUCGUGUCCUUGCCUCUGGCUCACCCUGAACACCGCGCUUCAUUGACAGGCGGGCCCACUGCUUUCUGCCCGCCUGAGGGACGAGGUCGUAUUCCUCAUGUGUACGGUUCCGUUUUCCAAAUUCAUCAUCUGAAUAAAGAUCUCCCUGCCUCACCUCACACAUAGAAA